UAAAAUCUCAAUGGCUUAUGAACCUGGUGGCAACUCUCUUCGACAACGCAAUUGUUGUGAAUGGUUUAUUCAUUAUUAUUUAUAGUAAAUAAAGUAGUUUUGAAACAAAUAAUGCUAUGUCAUCGUUUAACCAGGCCGAGGAGACUAGCACGGACACCCACGUGGAAGAUGAAUCCUUCUCCGAAGUUGCAGAGCCCCAGGAGCUCCUCUUCUGCGAGAGCUGCGGCAACGUAUACGAGGACAGCGAGGCAUACGCCAGGGAUCACGAUAAGCAGACCGGCUCCUGCAGCGGCGUGAACGAAGAUGUGGUGUUGGUAGAGGAGGCAACCCCGGACGACGAGGUCAUAACAGAUUGCAUUUUGGAGGAGGUUGACGACGAGGACAUCGUCGAGGCGGAUGUGCCGCUCUGGGAGCUGGUGGAGGAAGUUCCAGCCAACAUCAAGGUGGAGCAGGACGGUGCGGAGUCCAGCCAAUCCGAUCGUUACUUUUGCUACGACUGCCACAGCAUUUUCGAAAACCGGGGUAGUGCAGAAGAGCACGUUUGUCCGCGGGCAGAGUCAGGAGGUGGUUCCAGCCAGCUGGUCGGUGAGGCCAAAGCACCCGUCCGCCGAAAGUUGCCCGGAGUCAGUGCAAGGACAGAUCCCAAGAGUACAUCAUCCGUAAUUAGCUGUGGCAUCUGCAACACCGUUUUCAGUUCGGACAAGUUCCUCAAGUUUCACAUGCGCAUCCACGAGACUCGCGUGUCCAAGAGCAUUCAGGACGCCCUUCCUGUGGGCGCCCAUCAGCAGUACAGCGAACUGGAUCAGUUUUACUGCGAAAUUUGCAACAAGAGCUUUGAUGAGAACCUCUUGACGGUCCACAAACAGAUGCACCAACAAACCACCAGCGAGAUUAUGUGCAGCAUUUGCAACCGCAAGUUCGAGAGUGACGUGACCUACCAAAUGCACCUCAAAAUCCACGAGAACCCUCGCGACCCCGAAGCCUCCAGCAAAACGAAGCAACGACCGAGCGUCGAUAAGGAGAAACCUGGCUUUCCAUGUCAGUAUUGCGAGCGGGUGUUCACCCGUCCCUUCGAGAAAGUCAAGCAUGAACGGGUUCACACUGGAGAGAAGCCCUACAGCUGUGAAGUCUGCGGAAAGACUUUUCGCGUGUCCUAUUCACUGACCCUGCACCUGCGCACGCACACCAAUAUUCGGCCGUAUGUCUGCACGGUGUGCAACAAGCGUUUCAAAUCGCAUCAAGUGUACUCCCACCACCUGCGCAUCCACAGCUCGGAACGGCAAUUUGCCUGCGAUAUGUGUCCAAAGUCCUUUCGCACCUCCGUGCAGCUGUACGCCCACAAAAACACCCACACCAAGCCGUACGAGUGUGUCGUGUGCAACCGUCCCUUCUCCUCCUUGUAUGCCGUCAAGAAUCACAUGCAGACGCACAAAGACGAAAAGAGCAAAGGAAAUACCGGGGCAAGUACGUCGGCCCUUGACAGCGGACAGCCUGCCAAGAGCCAAGCUGGUGGGAAGUUCUGGUGCAGCGCCUGCGGAGCUGAAUAUGCGCGUCUUUUCGCCCUGCGCCUGCACAUGAAGUCUGCCCACGGCCUGGUGGACGACGCGGCCUUACAGCAAAAGGAACCUUCCUCCACCGCUGAAGAAUCGCACGCCACAGAAGCCGAGGACUCCGAGACCGCGGUGCUGAUAGCAGCCGCCGAGGCAGACGCUGCUUAUAUUAACGCUGUAGUAAACGAUGUCGACAUCGUGGGAUCCGUGCCGACUUACGAGGAGUGCGUUGAGUUCGACGUAGAUAACUUCCAUAGCGAAGAGAUCAUCACGGAUUGGCUUAAGUAGCACUUCAACUUUAUACUCCGACUAGCAAAUUAAUUGUUUUAAGAAUCGUAAAACCCUUAGUGAAUAAAUAUUAUUGGCUAACUUCCA